AGCCGUCCAUCUCCAGGUGGGGUCCACUACUCUCAAUACGCAGAGGCGCCAUCUGUGACUGUACCAGCCCUGCACUUUGUGAAACGCGCUUUUGAAUUUUGAAUUUUCCGAACAGAAAUACCUGUCACCCGCCCUCCAUUUCCUCCGCGUCGAAAACCGUAUGAGAGAGAACCUAUAAAAUCCCGCUCUCACACAGACCUGGUAAACCAAGGUCCACAGCUUUAUACUGUUUCUUCUUCAAUAUCCGUCUCUAUCUCAAGCGUUUUUGUUUAUGUAAUCUCGUGUUGCUUCUCGGGAUUUUCGUGAUAUGAAUUCUUCAACGUUGAUUAUUUUAAUCAGUCCCUUGCCUUUUUGGGUUCCUUGUAGUUUCUAUUUAUAAUUGUCCUUUUGGUGAGGAGUGGUCAAGAGAUUGAGGUGCUGGUUUUUUCCUGGAUUGGAUUUGUGAUCUUCAAAAGGUUCUGGAAUUGGGUCUUUUAGGGUUGCUCAACUGGGUUAAUCGGUUUUCGCCUUGUCCGUAAACUGUUGCUUUGAAGAUUGUCCUCCAAUGUUUUGUCCUUUUGUCUUCAAAAUCCUUUCUGUUCCCACCAUCUGUUCCAAUUUCUUGUAAGAUUUUGGCACUUGUUGAAUUGCUAAUUGGUGAGCAGAGCUUAAUUUUGGUGUUUCUACUUUAAUUGGUGAGCAAAGAAAUAUGGCUUUUUUUUUUGUUUAAUUUUUGAAUGACAGAAGUGAAGGAAGUGAUCAAAAAGAAGGGAGGUUAGUACAAAAUGGGGAAUAACUGUGUGGGAUCCAUGGUUCCCGAGCAUGGAUUGUUUGAAUCAAUUUCUAAUUCAAUUUGGUGGACGAGAGCCUCGGAGUGUAUGACUUCUCAUUCUACCGGAGAAGGUGUCAGCGAAACGCAAAGUAAAGAGCAGAAAUCUCCUCCUCCUGUUCAAAACAAGCCUCCAGAAGAGGUGGAGCUAAUAAAUCCGCCAGAGGUAAUGAAGAUAACAAAGGAAGAGACGAAACCAACACCCACACCGAAGAGGCCACUCCUUAUGAAGAGGUUACCAAGUGCUGGACUUGAGGUGGACUUGGUUUUGAAAGACAAAACUGAUCAUUUGAAGGAACACUAUAAUUUGGGGCGGAAGCUUGGGCACGGCCAGUUUGGGACAACUUUUCUAUGUGUAGAGAAAGAAACAGGCAAAGAGUACGCUUGCAAAUCCAUUGCAAAAAGGAAACUGCUGACAAGAGAUGACAUUGAAGACGUGAGGAGGGAAAUCCAGAUAAUGCAUCACUUGGCGGGCCACUCCAAUAUCAUCUCCAUCAAGGGAGCUUAUGAGGAUGCGGUGGCAGUUCAUCUUGUCAUGGAAUUGUGUACGGGGGGUGAGCUUUUUGAUAGGAUUGCCAAGCGAGGCCAUUAUACAGAAAGAAAGGCAGCUCAGCUUGCAAGGACUAUAAUUGGUGUUGUAGAAGCCUGCCACUCUUUAGGGGUCAUGCACCGGGACCUUAAGCCUGAGAAUUUUCUUUUUGUCAAUGAGCAAGAGGAAUCACUUCUUAAGACAAUAGACUUUGGGUUGUCCGUAUUCUUCAAGCCAGGGGAGAUUUUCACUGAUGUGGUUGGAAGCCCAUAUUAUGUGGCACCUGAAGUUCUGAGAAAGUGUUAUGGUCCAGAAGCAGAUGUUUGGAGUGUUGGGGUGAUCAUUUAUAUUCUCUUAAGUGGGGUGCCUCCAUUUUGGGCAGAAAGUGAGCAAGAGAUAUUUCAAGAAGUACUGCAUGGUGAUCUUAACUUCUCAUCAGAUCCAUGGCCUCAUAUCUCUGAAAGUGCUAAGGACUUAAUUAGGAGAAUACUUGUCAGAGAUCCCAAGAAACGCCUAACUGCCCAUGAAGUCCUGUGUCACCCUUGGAUUCAGGUUGAUGGAGUAGCUCCUGACAAAACCCUUGAUUCUGCAGUCAUAAGUCGCUUGAAGCAGUUUUCAGCCAUGAACAAGCUUAAGAAAAUGGCUCUUAGAGUGAUUGCUGAGAAUCUCUCUGAAGAAGAAAUUGCUGGAUUGAAAGAAAUGUUCAAGAUUAUUGAUACAGACAAUAGUGGUCAGAUUACUUUUGAAGAACUCAAGGCUGGACUAAAAAGAUUUGGCGCUAAUCUUAAUGAAGCUGAAAUUUAUGAUCUAAUGCAGGCUGCAGAUGUUGAUAAUAGUGGAACAAUCGAUUAUGGGGAGUUCAUAGCUGCAACAUUCCAUCUAAACAAAAUUGAGAGAGAAGAUCACCUAUUUGCUGCUUUUUCCUACUUUGACAAAGAUGGAAGUGGCUAUAUCACUCCAGAUGAGCUCCAAAAAGCCUGUGAGGAGUUUGGGAUGGAGGAUGUCCAUUUGGAAGAAAUGAUCCAAGAAGUUGACCAGGACAAUGACGGCCGCAUAGAUUAUAAUGAGUUUGUGGCAAUGAUGCAGCAAGGAAACAAUAAUGAUUUUGGUAAGAAGGGUCUGCAGAAUGGUAUUAGCUUUGGGUUUAGGCAGCCGCUACCAGUCUAUUGACAUAGUCACUCAGCCAAGAGCCCUAUUUUCUAUUCUUCCCCCCCGCCCCCCCCCCCCUCCUCUUUUCUUUCUUACAUGUUCCCAUUUUUUUCUCACUGUACACAAAUAUACAAGGUGUGGGAUCCUUAGGUGCUGGUGAUUGUUAAUUAUGGAUGCCAACUUCCUUUGGAUCCACAAAAUGAUAUACAAUUCUUUUUACUGUUUGGAUUUUGCUUCCAAGCAGUUUUCGCUGUCAGCUGAACUUUGUAGAAGCCAUAAUGUAAGGAAAGAUAUCAAUUUUGGUUGUCUCUUCAA